AGAGUGCAUGCUGGGAGAACACAUGUGUGAGGAGGACUGGUGAAGGUAAGGCUGUGAUUAUUUUCCCCCAUCAUGUCCAGAAAAAAGCAGGAAGAGGAUGAACGGUUCCGCCGGGUCCAGAAGGACCCCAGGUUCUGGGAGAUGCCAGAGAAAGAACAAAAGGUCAAGAUCGACAAGCGCUUUCAGUCCAUGUUCCAUGACCAGCGCUUCAAGGUGAAGCAGACGGUGGACAAACGAGGUCGGCCCGUCAGCCACUCCACCUCUGAGGAUCUGAGGCGGUUCUACAAGCUGUCUGAUUCAGAUGAAGAUGAUGAUGAUGAGCCUCCAAAGGUGGGGAAGGGGGAGAAGAAGAAGACAAAAGCAGUGGAGCCGUCUGGACGAGGAACUGCUGCAGAAAAAGAUGAUGAAGAUGAGGAGCAGCUGUCUGAGGAUGAAGAUCUGGGAGACAGUGACUCUGAUGAAAAUGGGGAGGGUUAUGAAGAGGAGGAGGAGAGCGAUGCAGCGAGGGGGUCUGACGAUGAGUCCAGUUUGGAUUCUGGCGACGACAGCGACAGCGGACCUGAUCUGGCCCGAGGUAAAGGAAAUAUCGAGACCAGCUCAGAUGAAGAUGAUGACGAUGAUGAUGUGGAAGACAUCCUGAAGAAAGAGGAAGAGGAGAUUGAACAUGACUGGGGGGAGCUGUGCAAAGACGCUCCACGGAGUGAUGAGGUCUCUGCUCGGAUCGCUGUCUGCAACAUGGACUGGGAUCGCAUGAAGGCUAAAGACCUGCUGGCUCUGUUUAACUCCUUCACACCUAAAGGGGGCGCCGUGCUGUCUGUGAAGAUCUACCCGUCAGAGUUCGGUAAGGAGAGACUGAAGAUGGAGGAGACGCAGGGACCGCCGGAGCUGAAGGCGCUGCCUGACGACUCUGAGGACGACACAGAGGAAGAGAAGGUUUAUAGGGAGAAGCUGCGGGACUACCAGUUCAAGCGUCUGAAGUAUUUCUACGCUGUGGUGGAGUGCGACUCUCCCGAAACGGCGGCCAAGAUCUAUGAGGAAUGCGAUGGCUAUGAAUAUGAGAGCAGCUGCUCUGUUCUGGACCUUCGUUUUAUUCCUGACGAUGUGAUGUUUGAAGAGGAGCCCAAAGACGUGGCGACAGAUAUCAAUCUGUCAGCAUACCAACCCAAACUCUUUACCUCUUCUGCUACGGCCACCUCAAAGGUGCAGCUGACGUGGGAUGAAACGGACCACGAGCGCGUGACGGCACUGAGCAGAAAGUUCAACAAAGACGAGCUGCUGGACUUGGACUUUAAGGCUUACCUGGCGUCCUCCAGUGAGGAGGAUGAAGAUGAAGAGCAGGAGGAUGAAGCAAGCAAAGAAGAGGCCAUCAGUGAAGAAGUGGAGGAGAAAGAGAAGAAGAGGAAGAAGAAGGAGAGAAGUGAGGAGCAGAUCAAUAAAUACAGGGAGCUGCUGAACAGCAUCCAGGUCAAAGAGAAGAAGCUGCAGGAGGAAAAAGACAUGGAGAUGGAGAUCACCUGGGUGCCAGGUUUAAGGGAGACAACAGAGAAGCUGGUGAAGAAGAAGCUGGAGGGCAAGGACAAUUUGACGCCCUGGGAGGAGUAUCUAGAGAAGAAGAAGGAGAAAAAGAAGCAAAAGAAAAGUAAAAAAAAGCAGGGAGCUGAUGAAGAGCUUAGUGAUGACGAGCUUCCAUCUGAUGUUGACCUCAGCGACCCGUUUUUCUCAGAGGAGCUUGGAACAUCAGACCUGAAGAAGAAACAGAAGAAGAAAAAGGAAGAAAAGAAAACCGAGGAUAAGAAAACGACGGUUGAGGAGGAAGAGGAGCUUGAAAAACAGAAGGCUGAGAUGGCUCUGCUGAUGGAGGACGACGAAGACGAAGCCAAACACAAACACUUCAACUACGACAAGAUCGUAGAACAACAGAACCUGAGCAAGAAGAAGAGGAAAAAGCUGCUAAAGAAAGGUGGAGAGUCACUGGAGGAGGACGACUUCAAGGUGGACGUCUCAGACCCCCGUUUCCAGGCCAUGUUCACCUCCCACCUGUUCAACCUGGACCCCUCCCAUCCCAGCUUCAAAAAGACCAAAGCCACACAGAGCAUCCUAGAGGAGAAGCACCGGCGCCGAGAGCUGGGGCUCAACGCACAGAAGCCAGCGACCGCCUCAGAGGCGGCCGCAGAGCCAGGCAGCAAACAGGAAGGAGCAAAGCGAGAAAAGGACUCUUUGACACAGAAGAAAGCAAUGGAUCCAAGCCUGUCGUUGCUGGUUAAAUCCAUCAAAAGCAAAACGGAGCAGUUCCAGGCUCGUAAAAAACAGAAAGUGACGUAAAUCUUCCUGAUAUACGAGCCACUUCCUGCUGCUGGGACGUUUUUUUUUUAUUUUUGCGCAGGAAAACUAUACAAGUGGAAGUAAAAGCAAUCUGAAUCAGAGCUAUCAGCAUCAGUGGUUAAUUUAAUUACACCUGAAGAUACAGUUAAUAGCAAUUGCUUCGUAUUUAUAAUGUUUUAAUAAAUAUGAAGCAUUUGGAAUGUGGAUGGAAAUGUGUUCAGUCUUCAGAUGUUACAUUUAUAAGGAUACGACGAGUCCCAUCAUAUGUGACAGUCUGGCUAAUCUGGCCUCUUACUUUCACUAAUAUUUUCUACUUUGCAGUGCUAAUAUUUGUUGAAAGUUCUCUUAUGAAAUGUAAAUGUGAACCAUCCAUCCAUUUUCUGACACGCUUUAUCCCAAGUGGGGUCACGAGGGGUGCUGGUGCCUAAUCUCCAGCUGUCUACGGGCGAGAGGCGGGGUACAGCCUGGACAGGUGGCCAGUGCAUCGCAGGGCUGUAUAUGUGAACAUUUUGCAUAAAGGCAAAAAAAUAAAACAAUUUUCACAUUUUAACUGAUUCA